AUGUCGCUCCUACGGCGGCGGAAGCAGCAGCAGCCGCCGCCGCCGCCCUCGGACGGCGACGGGUCCGACCACGACGACAACGACAAGGGGAAGAAGCCGUCCUCGUCCUCGUCCUCCGCGCCGCCGUCCAAGGAGCCCACGAGGCGGACCAAGGCCAAGUGGUCGUGCGUGGACAGCUGCUGCUGGCUGGUCGGGUGCGUGUGCUCCGCCUGGUGGCUGCUGCUCUUUCUCUACAACGCGAUGCCGGCCUCGUUCCCGCAGUAUGUUACGGAGGCCAUCACGGGGCCGCUCCCGGACCCGCCCGGGGUCAAGCUGCAGAAGGAGGGGCUGCGAGUCAAGCACCCCGUCGUCUUCGUCCCCGGCAUCGUCACCGGAGGGCUCGAACUAUGGGAGGGGCACCAGUGCGCCGAGGGGCUCUUCCGCAAGCGGCUAUGGGGCGGCACAUUUGGUGACGUAUACAAGAGACCUCUAUGCUGGGUUGAACAUAUGUCGUUGGACAAUGAAACUGGAUUAGACAAACCUGGAAUAAGGGUCAGGCCGGUCACAGGCCUUGUUGCAGCAGACUAUUUCGUCCCUGGAUAUUUUGUUUGGGCUGUCUUAAUUGCCAAUUUAGCUCGUAUUGGAUAUGAAGAAAAGACGAUGUACAUGGCUGCCUAUGAUUGGAGGUUAUCUUUCCAGAACACUGAGGUUCGUGAUCAAACUUUGAGCAGAAUAAAGAGCAACAUUGAACUUAUGGUAGCAACAAAUGGUGGAAAUAGGGUGGUGGUGAUCCCACACUCCAUGGGAGUCCUCUAUUUUCUGCAUUUUAUGAAAUGGGUCGAAGCACCUCCUCCCAUGGGCGGCGGCGGUGGUCCAAACUGGUGUGAGAAGCAUAUUAAAGCUGUAAUGAAUAUUGGAGGACCUUUCUUAGGAGUUCCCAAGGCUGUUGCUGGGCUUUUCUCAUCUGAAGCCAAAGAUGUUGCUGUUGCUAGAGCUAUCGCUCCUGAUGUCCUGGACUCCGAUUUUCUUGGGCUUCAAACUUUGCGCCAUUUGAUGCGUAUGACCCGAACAUGGGAUUCGACAAUGUCAAUGAUUCCUAAAGGUGGUGAUACAAUUUGGGGAAAUCUGGAUUGGUCUCCAGAGGAUGGCCUUGAAUGUAAAGCUAAGAAGCACAAAACCAAUGAUACCAAUGAUUCUAAGGAUACCAAUGGGGAAAAUAUCGAAGUUCAACCUGAACCUAUUAACUAUGGAAGGUUGGUAUCCUUCGGUAAAGAUGUAGCAGAAGCACCUUCUUCAGAGAUUGAGCAGAUAGAAUUUCGUGAUGCUGUUAAAGGUAAUAAUAUCGCCCAUUCAAAUACGUCAUGCCGGGAGAUCUGGACAGAGUAUCAAGAAUUAGGAUGGGGUGGAAUAAAGGCAGUUGCAGACUACAAAGUUUACACUGCUAGUUCUGUUAUAGACCUCCUUCACUUUGUUGCUCCAAGGAUGAUGCAGCGUGGAAAUGUCCACUUUUCAUAUGGAAUUGCUGAUAACUUGGAUGAUCCAAAAUACCAACAUUACAAAUAUUGGUCAAACCCCUUGGAAACAAAGCUACCGAAUGCUCCUGACAUGGAAAUAUUUUCGAUGUACGGAGUAGGCAUUCCUACCGAAAGGGCAUAUGUCUAUAAGGUGGCCCCGCAGGCAGAGUGUAAUAUACCUUUCCGGAUUGACACCUCGGCUGAAGGUGGGGAGGAAAAUAGCUGCUUGAAAGGGGGUGUUUACUUAGCUGACGGUGAUGAAACUGUUCCAGUUCUUAGUGCGGGCUACAUGUGUGCAAAAGGAUGGCGUGGCAAAACUCGUUUCAACCCUGCCAGCAGCAAGACUUACGUGAGAGAAUACAGCCAUUCACCACCCUCAACUCUCCUGGAAGGCAGGGGCACUCAGAGCGGUGCACAUGUUGAUAUAAUGGGUAACUUUGCUCUGAUUGAGGACAUCAUCAGAAUAGCUGCUGGGGCAACCGGUGAGGAAAUUGGAGGCGACCAGUUCUGCCCGUCUAAUGGUAGUGCGUGGUGGUUGACCUGUGUUUAUGGUCCCCAACUUGAUCAUGACAAGAUCCAAUUUCUUCAAGAAUUGAGGGAUGUCAGAGUUCAGUGUUCUGGGCCAUGGCUGGUAGUCGAGGACUUCAAUCUUAUUUAUAAGGAGGAGGACAAGAACAAUUCCUACCUCAAUAGAGCAAUGAUGGAAAGGUUCAGAAGAUGGAUAAAUGAUGUGGGGGUCUCUGAAAUUCCUCUUCAUGGUCGUAAAUAUACAUGGAUCAGCUCCUUCACUAACGCUUCCCCUACUCUUGUUCGGUUGGACAGAAUGUUUUGUUCACUGGACUGGGAAGAUCAGUUUCCAGGAUGUCUCUUGCAGUGUGAUGCUUCAAUUGGUUCAGAUCAUUGUCCCCUGAUUCUUGGGUUGAAGGAUUUUAUUAGCUGCAAGAAAAGAUUUCAUUUCGAAGCCUUCUGGCCUUCUCUGGAUGGUUUUCAAGAAGUAGUGAAGGAUGCUUGGAACACUGUACAACCUAGUACCUGCCCACUUGAUACCCUCGCUCUGAAACUCAAGGCAACAGCCAAGAGGUUACAAAGCUGGAGUCAGAAGAAAUUUGGUCACUUCAAGUCCCAAUUGCUCAUGGCAAAAGAGAUCGUCCACCAUCUUGAUAUUGCUCAAGAAAGCAGACCACUUCAGCCUAAUGAGUUAUGGCUACGCAAUAAUCUCAAGAAGCAUUCACUAGCGCUUUCUUCUCUGCUGAGAACAAUAUCAAGACUCAAGUCCAGGAUGAAUUGGCUAAAGGAUGGGGAUGCCAACACAAGGCUUUUUCAUCAUUAUGCAAGGUAUAGAAAAAAGAAGAAUUUCAUCCCCAAAUUGCAUGUUGGAGAUCAGGUUUUCACAAAGCAUGAGGAUAAGGCAGCUGUUGUUCUAGAUUUUUAUGAUAGUCUCAUUGGGACUGAGUACGAUAGAGGGAGAACUAUCAACUUGGACACCCUUGGCAGCCCUGGUUUUGAUCUUGAAACUUUGGAUUCGCCUCUCUCAGAAGAAGAACAGACAGUUAAAUUCUUACACUCUCACAAGCGACCUAGAAUCCUCCUCAAGCUUGACAUUACCAAAGCUUUCAACUCGUGUGUCUUGGGCCUUUCUUUUGGAGGUGCUUAG